AACGUUAUUCCCUUUUAUUUUUUAUUACCUUACCACAAUCAACGAGCAGUCGACUCAAGACUAUUUGUCUGAAGGAAAAAAAGACGAGGUCGAAACAGCUGAUCAGUCAUACUUUAACCGCCAUUCUAGCCAAUUCAGCGGUUAAAAAGCAUCGGUUAAUUACUUGCCCAUUGUAAACAGUUAACUAAUUUACGUUAAUUAAAUGAAUUGUGUGGAUGUGGUGGCAAAUACUGUAAUUCCGCUCUGUCCCCAGUUGGCAAAUUUGCUCUAUGUUACCCAGUUGGCCCCAUUCCCAAAUCCCACAGACUCCACCAGUGUCCCUAAAAGGUUAGGGGGAAAAUCUUUUUCAUUGGUUUUGAGUGCAAAAUGUGAAGAAAACCUGUCACAGCCAGAGGAUGGAGAGCUGGAGGAGGGCGAGCUGGAAGAUGAUGGGGGAGAUGUGGCGGAGGAGGAGAUGGUUGGAGGUAGUACGUCCGCAGUAGGGGGCGGCGGAGAUGGGGUUGAUGAAGCAGGCGGAGGAGGUGAAGCAGUAGGGGAAGGGGCCGGGGAGAGGCCUCAGCGAAGUAAGGAGCGCCACGCCAGCAGCAAUUCGGACGAGGACAGAUCCCACCGUCGCAAGAGGAAGAGGAAGAAAGAGAAGGAGCGAGAAAGAGAGAAGAGGCGGUCCAAGAAGAAACGCAAAUCCAAACACAAACGUCAUGCAUCCUCUGAAGAUGACCACUCGGACUUCAGUGAUGAUUCUGACUACAGUCCCAGUGAGAAGAGGAAGUACAGAGAGUACAGUCCACAGUACCCCCCUUCUUCUCAUGGGGGCUACGGCGGCUCAAAGAAGGGCAGUUACAUGAAGAUGGACAAGCAGAGCUACGGAGGCUAUGAUGAGUAUGACGAUGAGAACUUUGAGGCAGAGGAAGAUGAGGAAAUGGGGGAAGAAGAAUAUGACGACUUCACCAAGGAGCUCAACCAGUACCGCAAGGCUAAGGAGGGAGGAGGUGGGCGCGGCGGACGAGGUGGGUCCAAGGCAGUUGGGCUAAAGCUGUUGAAGUUGAAAAAAACACUUGGGGGUAGAGGUCGUAUGAAGAACCAGAGAGGCCGUGGAGGAUUGAGGGGAAUGAGGAGGGGAAGAGGAGGCAGAGGAAGAGGGGGUCGAGGUGGGGGUGGAGGAGGAAAGAUGGGAGGAGACGAUGAUGGAGACGGCUAUGGAGAUGAGAUGGAGCCCUUACAGUAUGGAGAUGAUGACUAUGACAACAUGGGGGAUGAUGACUACGAUGACUACUCAAAAGAACUCAAUCAGUACAAGAAGACCAAAGACAGAGGCAGAGGAGGUAAAGGAGGCCGCGGGCGAGGGCGGGGUAAAGGAAUCCGAGGUAUGAUGAGAGGAAGGGGUCGAAACCGUGGAAGAGGAAGAGGUGACAUGGGGAUGGAUGAUGACAACAACGGAGACAUGGACAAUGGGGAUGGAGGUGGAGGAGGCGAGGGACCAGGACCCGGGAGGAGGAAUCAGAAUGACAAGCACCAGGAUAAGAAAGGAAAGGCCAUCUGCAAGUACUACAUCGAGGGAAGAUGCACCUGGGGGGACCACUGCAACUUCAGCCACGACAUUGAGCUGCCAAAGAAGAAGGAGCUGUGCAAGUUCUACAUCACUGGAUUCUGUGCCCGAGCCGACCACUGUCCUUACAUGCAUGGUGAAUUCCCCUGUAAGCUGUUCCACACCACAGGGAACUGUGUCAACGGCGACGAAUGCAUGUUCUCCCAUGAUGCCCUCAAUGAUGACACCCAGGAGCUGCUCAACAAGAUGCUGGCAGAGGAUGCAGAGGCCGGAGCUGAGGAUGAGAAGGAGGUGGAGGAGCUGAAGAAGCAGGGGAUCAACCCUCUCCCCAAACCCCCUCCUGGAGUUGGCCUCCUCCCCACCCCUCCUCGGCCUGUUCCUGUAGACGCCAACAUGGGGGCUGCGGAUUUCGGCGGGCCUGUGGCAAGUGACUUUGGGGGUCUUCCUGGCCCCAACCAGGGGCCCAAUCCUAACAAAGGUCCCCCAGGACCAGGCCCUGUUCCUGUAAAUAACCCCUGUGCUGGUCCGCCUGUCCAUGGCCCUGAAGGAAUGCCCUUCCAAGGUGGGCCCCCAAAUCCCAGUGGACCUCCUCCCCACAUGGGCCCCCCCCCUCCUGGUUGUGGAGGGGGAGGUGGUGCGGGGAAGAAGAUCCCCUCAUUGUUUGAGAUUAAAGUUCAGCCGACAGGACAGCUGGCUCAGAAACUGGCCGUCAGGAGCCAGACUCCCAGUGGCAACCAGGGUCAAGCUGCAGCACCUGGACCCCAAGGGGCCCCUGGUGCCCCUCCCACCCGCUUCCCUGCCCCCCCAGGCAUGAUGCCCCCUGACAUGCAGAACAUGGGCCCCAACCAUGGGAUGAACCAGGGCCCCCCCAACAUGGGCCCGGGUGGCCCGCCCAUGAUGGGAGGAUUUGGACCCGGGGACGGCCCUCCACAUGGAGGUGCUAUGCCUCCAGGUGCUCCUCAGGGUGGAGGAAACUUCUUCAAUAACUUCUUCAAUCAGCAGGAUGGGAUGGAGGGAGUGGUGGAAGAAGGUGAUAACUACCAGGGUUUUGCUGGCAUGGACGAGAGGGGAGGAGCAGGGAAAUUUGGUAAUCAAUCAGGUGGCCAAGAAGGCCCUUCUAAUGGCGCGUCUGCCAAUCAGGGAGGGAUUUCUGUUCCUGACUUCCUGCCCCCAGCACAGCGCGUCCUGUUCAUGAGGAUCCAACAGAAGCAGCAGGAAGAAGAGGAAAGAGCUCGCAGGAUGGCCGAGGGAGGAGCCGAGAAAAGUAGAGACACUGAAGGAGACUCAGGGAACUGGUACUCCAGUGAGGAUGAGGAUGGCGGUGGUAGUGUGACCUCUAUCUUGAAGACGCUCCGUCAACAGACCCAGGCUCCUCAAAAAUCUGACACCCCCCCGAUUGACCCACGCCUCCAGAAGGCCUCUCCUGCCAGCGCGCCCGCCCGGCCAGCUGACCCCCGCUUGGCUCGGGAUCCACGCCUUGCACGGGGUGCAGAGUCGGGCCCAAUCUCCGACUCCACCCACUCCACCCCUGCUACAUCUUCAUCUGGACCGCCUGCAGACCCCAGGUUAGCCCGAUUAGCUGCUGCUGCCUCAGCUGGAUCCACCUCCCACUCGCCUCCUACUUCUAAACAAGAGGCUCCUUUGGUGUACAAGCCCCCACCUCUUACAACCCCGGCAGUGGAGGAGGAGGAGACGGAGCGAGUUCUCCGAGACAAGCCUGUGCCGAUUCCUCUGGACCCGCUGAUGGGUAUGGCUCUGAGAGACCCACGCUCACAGCUGCAGCAGUUCAGCCACAUCAAGAAGGAUAUUGUUCUACACAUGCCAGCCUUUUACAAAACCAUCACCUGGUCGCCUGAAGAUCUCCUUCCGCUCCCUGUCCCUAAGCAGGACCUCCUUCCUCUCCCACCAGGCAUCCCUCCUGUCUCCUCCAUAGACCCACGCCUGUCCCGCGCUCAGCAGCCACUCCACACACCGCUCCCUCACUCACAGCCUCCCCCAGUACAGCCUCCUCCCUCAUUGGACCCCCCUGCUCCCUCUCCCUCCACCUCCUCUCUACCAGACUUUGAGCUCUUGUCUCGUAUCCUGAAGACUGUCAACUCCAGCCCGUCCCAGACUCCAUCCCCUCCUCUCAUACCCACCCCUAUUCCCCCUGCAUCUCUGCUGGGUCCACCUCCCCCCAUGCCUCCUGCACCCGUAGAAAAGCCUGUUGACCCCCGUGUGGCCCGUAAAGUCCCCUUAGACCCCCGUCUGCAGCCUCAGAAGUCAGCACUCAAGCAACCAUCGGAUCCCACUCCUCCUCCUGUCUCCUCUACCUCUCCAGCAACAACAUCAAGCCCCCCUCCCCCUACCAUUGCCCCCUACGACCCAAGGCUGCUCUCCUCAGGUGGGGCAGGACGCAGUGUGGGAGCCGGGGCACCAGGGGGAGCCAGUGUGCUGAGCAGCAUCAGUCUGUAUGACCCUCGGACUAGCAAACCAGGCAGCCCUGGUACCAGUAGUGGCUCUAACAACUCCCCCACCUCUGCCAGCACAGAGUCCAAACCCAUUGACCCCCCAACGGGUAAACCGAAAUCCAAGGAACCCCUCUUUGUUCGAAAGUCUGCGUUGGACCAACCCGAGCCAGAGAAAAGUGGAGAGCAAGGGACCGAUCGAUAUAACAGCUAUAACAGGCCCCGGCCCAAACCUGCUCCCUCACCUAAUUCCGCGGCCCAGGGAGGGCCCACUGCAGCCGGGGCAGCCGCAGCUGGAGGACAGAGUGCUCCUGGAGCUGCUGCAGACCAGGGGCCAGCAGGUGUCCACAACCUACCUGUAUCCUCUCUAUUUGGCGUGGUGAAGCAGGCGGCCAAGCCCGGCGGGACGAGUAGCCCUUUUGGAGGAAACAGCCCGGUGCAGUCUGACCAGGCGGCCACAGAGCAGGACAAAGCCUCUCUGAAGGAGGUUUUCAAAGGCUUUGACCCCACAGCCUCCCCCUUCUGCCAGUGACCCCCCGACCACUGAACCCUAAAUCCCAUCAUGUGGUUGGACGUUGGCUUGUUUUAACAUUUUUGGACACUGAACAUCUCAGUGAAAAGGAGAAAGAAAAGCGCACUGAGACUGGUUAAGAAGACAAACUUUUGUGAAGAAACGUCUCACGACAUGUUUCAUGAACACAUACUUAUUCACACUUACACAGUGUUGCAGAUUCAAAUUCUAUUAAAUACCUUUGGGUUAUGGGAAGGGUUUAAAAUUAAAUCUAUUUUAAACAGACAUUGAUGUAUAAAUACAUGUAUUUGCUUCAUCUCAAUGAUUAAUGAAAAGAGUUAUUCAGACAGCCGCAAAAACAUAUUUAUAUGGAACGAACAUUUUAGCUUAACAUCUUUUUUUCAUUAUCUCCUUCAUUUGAGUUCUUUGUAAAAAUGUAUCCUCAUCUAAAAAACUGUUUGAUGUGCUUGUCUAUAUUUUUGGGCUGUCAAAGUUGACAAUGCUCUUGGCAACAGUUUAAAACCUGGGAUACAGCUCAAUUUUCCCCAACAAAAUAUUGCUUAUUUGUGGUGUUUUUGUGAUUAAAUGAAUAAGCACUGAGGCAACUUCCUUAACAUAGAGAAACAAAUCACCCUCUUUAUCACUGCCUUGGCAUCCACUGUCCUCUUUGACCCAUGUGCAAACUCUUAUUUUUGUCAAACAAUAACAUACAUUUUGUCAUUAUGAAUCAUCACGUCACAUUUUCUGCAGAAACAAUUGCAAAUACCUAAACUUAAAUCUAUAUUGUGCUUUUUUUAGUAUUUAUUUUUCUACUUCUUUGCACUGUCCGUCUGUGUCCUCUGAGGGCUGUGUUAUAAUGUUUUUAAUGUCUGUCGCUCCUCCAGCUGUUCAUAUACUGUUUCAUUUCAGGUAUUUAGCUCUUACCCAAAGCAGGUAACUUUGCUGGUACAGGAGGUGACCUGCGACCUUUCAGUACUGCCUCUCUUAACCACUACGCCACUGUUUUUCUCAGUUUUCACAUUAACAUGGUUUGUGAAAAUGGAGAUCCUCCAGUUCAUUAAUAACAGUUUCUGUAGCUUUAAAAGAGACCUCGCUGGUCAAACUGAUGGUAAAAACAUGCCCUCAUCCCUCUCCAGUGGCAGAUUUUAGCUAGAUGAUGGUUAGCCAUAUCAUCACUAGGGAACAAAUGUGGUGUAAAGCCGGAUUUCAAAGGUUCAACGUCAGCCUUGGUUGGUUAACAGUUAUUUCCAUCUUUUUUUCACCUUGAUCAGAAUAGCACAUUGACUGACUCAGAAUUCAUGAACUAACCUUUAGCUUUUAGUUACUUUGUUUUUAUUAACUGUUUUGUUGGAAAGAAGACAAACAGGACAGGGCUGCAGGUUUCUGAGAGUGAUUUCCGUACAGCAUCGACUUAUACCCUUUUGGCUUUAGUGGUUGGUGACAAUCAAACUAGGCUUGGACCUAAAAUUCAAUGAUUGCAUGACUCUUGCAUUGAUCUGUGCAGGUUUUCCCUCUACUGUCAGUCUGAGCUGUGCAUAAAGAGAACCAAGUCAUUCACAUAUCAGACUUGUGGUUAAAAACGGAGAAUAAACAUGAUUUUCUCUCUCAGGCUUGCAGCAAAAGAAGACCUUAUGGUGGAAAUGUUCAUGUGGGAUGGAUUCCCAGUUAGGAUGUUUAAAUAUUUCAUCCAGAAUCUCCCUUCCUAGUUUCUGCCCCUUACCAUAAACAGCUGAAGUCAGAAGUAAAUUCAGCGUCAGAAUCAGGGUGAGGAUAAGCAGAUGUUCCAGUUUUGCCUGAUCAGCCAGUGAUUUCAUUUCCAGGCUUGUUUGAAAAUCUUUAAACUUGGUGUCACUGUUGUGGAGCUUACAGAAGGUUUUGACUUCCAGAAGGUUUAAGGUUGCCGUCGACAGUCUUGUGUAUAAAUGUUGAUCAUUUUAAUUUAUUUUUUUAUACAUGGGUAAAUAUACAUCACAGACAUUUUUGGACUGAAUCAUUUAAUAUGUCAGGAAUAUAUGAUUACCGCUCACCUCAGUGGGAUGUAGGCAGCCUGUAACAGUGUGAAGAGAGGAGAAAGACAUAUUUUUUUAUUUGGUUUUGUGUAUAAAGAUUCAGUAUAACAGAAAAGUCACUAUUGCUCCCUCCUGCUCGGAGGCUGAGUGUCAGCUAUAGCAAGUGUGAAAGUUGUCGUCGAUUUGUUCUUUCCUUUAUGGCUUUGUUGUUUUAUAAGUUUGUUUGUUUUUUCUUGCUCUGUAAAUUUGACCAGUUUCCCGUCUUUGGAGGAGUUGAGUUUUCUAACUGUACACUGUAGGUGAGGUUGUCAAAGUAUUUAAAUAAAGUUGAGACAUGAUCAACCAGUUAAAA